UAGUUUCCCUCUCUCUCUUCUCCUUUGCUCGGGAACUGGCAAGAAGAGCAGGAUGGCCAUGACCCAGUGGGAGCUGUAUGAUGCCAUCGUGGUUGGGGCUGGCAUUCAAGGCUGCUUCACUACCUAUCACUUCACCAAAAAUAAGAGAAAAGUUCUUCUUCUGGAGCAGGUAAUGUCUGCCCCCUCUGCUCAGGGAUGUGUUGGAGAUAGCUCAUGUAGCCACAGGAGAGCUGAUGGUCACAUUUUCAGUGUAAGCGUUUAUACCUCGGGAAUCAGCAAAUGUUAUUUUGUUUGGGCUGAUGUUGAAAACAGCCUAGGUCUUUCUCCCUACAGGCAGACAGGAAUACUGAUGAUGGGAAGGAAGGAAGAAGCAGAAUUUCACACCACGCUGGACACCUUGUCUAAGCAUGGUGUGGAACACAAGUAUUUCGACCCUGAAGAGCUGAAGAGAUGUUUUCCAAAUAUUCGGUUGCCCCCGGGACACGGGGGAAUCUGGGAGCCAUCUGGGGGUGCCCUGUGUGCUGACAAGGCACUGAAGGCCCUGCAGGAUUUAAUCAGACAGCUAGGAGGCGUGAUCCAUGAUGGGGAGAAAGUAACAGAGAUAAAACCCGGGUUUCCAGUUACCGUGACAACCACCACCAGCACUUAUCAAGCCAAGAGCUUGGUAAUUACUGCAGGUCCUUGGACUAACCAGCUUCUCCUCCCCCUGGGAAUACAACUGCCUCUGCAGACCCUUCGGAUCAAUGUGUGUUAUUGGAAAGAGAAGGUCCCUGGGACCUAUGGAGAGAACUUUCCAUGCUUUGUGGCAGUAUUCCCAGACCUGAUUCCCCACCACAUCUAUGGGUUGCCUGCUAGAGAGUACCCAGGGCUGGUGAAGAUCUGUUAUCACCAUGGUAACAAAGUCGACCCAGAUGAGCGGGACUGCCCCUCAGCAUCUCCAGACCUAACAGAUGUCCGGAUCCUCAGCGGCUUUGUGAGAGAUUACUUCCCCGGCCUGCAGCCUCAGCCUGCCAUAAUGGAAUGCUGCAUGUACACGAACACCCCAGACGAUAAUUUCAUUUUGGAUCGGCACCCAAAACAUGCCAACAUCGUCAUUGGGGCUGGAUUUUCAGGACACGGCUUCAAGCUGUCCCCCGUGGUGGGGAAGGUCCUGUAUGAGCUAAGCUCGGAGUCAACCCUGUCCUAUGAUCUGACUCCAUUCCGAAUUAGACGCUUCAAGCACCAGGACAAAGCAUCUCUGUAACCCCUGUGCCUGGCACAUAGUAGGCGCUUAACAAACGUCUAUAGAUUGAUUGAUUAGUUGAAAACGCACUGAUUAAAGGGGACUUCCCAGGUUAAGGGACAGUGAGAUGUGA